UGUAGUGUUCCGCUCUCCAUACUAAAUAGGAAAUCGAACGUGAUGUAAAAUCUACUCCACUCUCCAAGGCAUAAGCUGCCAAAGAAACUUAUUACAGCACAAAGAUCAGCCAUGGAGGGGGCUGAAAAUGGCUGCUAACACUUUUCUAAUAAACAAGGAUGGGGAAUAUUUCUUGCAGAUGAAGUUGUUUCCGCAUUUCUCCAUCCUUUUGCUAUCUAAUGUUAACGCAAUUAAGACAGUGAAGACUUCCGCUUUUCGAUACGAUGAUGGAAAAAGUCGGGUUGGAUCUUGGUGAAAAUCGCAGCGAUGAUCUGAGUCCUGUUGAGAAAGAUUUCCCCAGACAUAGAGCAGACCGCGAGGAAGCGGAAAACACGAGCGAGCCUGCAGAUCAAUCCACUGAGGGACACCAGCUCCAAGCUGAGCAACAAUCUGCGUCAAAUGAUGGGGUUUCCAAGGAAACCAGACACGACUCCCCUGAUCCCCUAUCGGAAGUGCCAGUCAUAAACCUGAUGCAAAGAGGGGGCCAGCCUAUAAAUGAGAGUGAUCAGAAAGGCACGUUUACUCAUUCAGUACCGACCACCGAGUUGUCAAGACCCCCGGUGCCUCUGACUCUUCAGAGCCCAGUGAGUGAGAAUCGGAUGGUCCAGUUAACGGCAGCUCAUCUCCCUCUGCCUGCAGCCAGAGCAAUGCUGUAUAACAGCACAUCGCAGUAUCAGACCCUGCCACUUUUAAACAGUGAUCCAGAACCCUUCAACAUGUUCUCCAAUAACAGAGUGAAAAGAAGACCAGCUCCUUACGACGUGGAAGUCACUACCGGUGUCUCCCAGCCUAAAAUAGUCCGCAGGAUCUUCACAAACAGCAGGGAGAGGUGGAGACAACAGAAUGUCAACGGGGCCUUCGCAGAACUUCGCAAACUGAUCCCGACCCACCCACCCGACAAGAAACUGAGCAAGAACGAGAUCCUGCGUCUGGCCAUGAAAUAUAUCAAUUUCCUGGCCAAAUUGCUGAGCGAUCAAGAGCAAGAGGGCGAGCAGCGAGGGUUACAGAUUAAAGAGGCGGACAGUACCAGGCUGGCCAGCGAUGACAUCCAGGAGAUGUCUCCAGACUCGAGCUGUGGGAGCUGUUUCGAUGGAACAGGAAGCCCGGAAAGUCUAAGCGAAGAACACGAUCAUCUCGAGUCACGACAUGGAAACCACCGUCACUCCAUACUUCCUCCAGAUGUUAAUGGACAACGGUGAUAUCCUUGCAAAAAGAAAAGUGAUGCGUCUGGGAGAAUGGAAAAUUGCAGCUAAAAGAACACAGACUGUUACUGUUUUACCACUGACUGCCGAAUCGAUUAGCGUUUUAUUUGCUUUCAAUUUUCUGUAUCUCUAACAUUUUCAGGUACACAUUAAAUGCUAAACUUCUGUCCUUUUGGAUGUAAUUCUAAAACUUUCUGGAUAUAUCAUUUGACUGCUGUUUAAAGACAAGAGAAUUUAAAUUUAAAGAAUUUAAUUUUAUCUUAAAAUCGAGGUACAUGUAAAUAUUGUAAAAGCUUCAGCCUUUCAAGCUUCGAGCGCCGUUUAUGGAAAAGGAGAAACAUGUUUUUGUAAUGGAAAAAUCUAAGAGGACCAGGAUUCAUUUCUGUUCAAACAGUAGCAUCCCUUUUCCAGUGAAUUGCAUGUUAACUUUUCAUUUUAUAUAUUCAACCACCAUUCUGUAUAAUGCAGCCGAGCUCCAAGCAGAACACGCUAAUAACAUGUUAAAGAAGCACUGAGCGGAAGAGUGAGGUACUUUUACUUUACAUCGCAGUUCGGAUCCCCAAAAAGGGAUACUACAAUUUUAAACAGAAUUAGAUAAGCUUGUUUGUCUAAAUUAGAAGGCAAAAGACAUAAAUAUACUUACAUUGCGGGAAUAUAUUGAAAUUCAAAUAAAACGACGAAGGGUUUAAAUCUUUGGAAAGUACAUUUCCGGGGAUAACUAUUUUGUAUAUUUUCAUGAUUUGGUCGAAACUUGGGCCAUUUUCUGCGUUUAAUGAGACUUGUUGCAGCUUUUCACAGGUCCUUGUUUUCUAUUUCUUAUGGACAAAUUAUUAUUUAUUCCAUGUGCUCUAUAAUUCAGAUUUUUGGAAUAACUGAAAAACCAGGCAAUUUUUAUGGGUACAAAUUGUGACAUUUUUCUUAAAGUACUUUAACAUUCUGCAAAAGAGAAGAAAACCAUGUAUUUAAUAAUUCAAUGGACAACGUGUGUUGUUUAUUUUAUUUAAAAUAUAAAAGGUAUGGUACACUCCUUAUUUUCCACGUUCGCUCUUGUCUGCUGUAUGUAUUGUGAAUACCAUAGUGUAUAAUUCACACUGCACUUUCAGUACAUUUUGUAUGUGAUUGUUUUUUUUUCUGCGUUUGCAGAAGUUGGGUAACGAAACCUGUUAACUUAAGCAAAUAACUACGACAAUGUACAUUCUGACAAGGUGAUUCUCGAUGGAUAUCCUUUGUAAAGCCUAGUGUGGCUGCAAAGUUUGCGUGCAGUAUGUAUAUCACGUAUUGUUGUAAAAUAUAUGCAAUGUUAUAUUACCAAGAAUUUACUUUUAAUAAAUUGUAUACAAUUUAA